CCAGCACCCUCCCUCCUUGCUGCAGAUCUCUGCUGUGUGAUGUGAAGAGAGAGAGAAACAUAGAAGAUACCCGCUGCUGUGGCACUUUCCUCUGACACUCAGACAUCAUGUGGCCUUCCUCCUCUGUUUUCCUCCUCUUCUCUUCUGUUUUUUUCUUAUAUACAGGCUUGUCACACACAGCAGAGUCUACAGAGGGGUAUGGACCUAUUUUUGAAGAACAGCCCCAAAAUUCUUUAUUCCCUGAAGAAUCUACAGAACAUCAAGUCACUCUGUCCUGUCGUGCACGGGCCAGUCCUCCUGCCUCCUACAGGUGGAGAAUGAAUGGCACAGAACUAAUCUUGGGGGCAAACUCAAGUUACCAGCUGAUAGGGGGGAACCUGGUUAUUUUUAAACCCACACAACCCAAACAUGCAGGAACUUAUCAAUGUGUGGCCACUAAUUCCCGGGGAACAGUACUUAGCAAUGAGGCCUCCCUUCGAUUUGGCUAUCUGCAUGAAUUUCCAACAACAGAGAGGGAACCUGUUAAGGUAACAGAAGGAUGGGGUCUAACGAUACCCUGUAACCCCCCACAACAUUACCCAGGCCUGUCUUAUCGCUGGCUCUUGAAUGAGUUCCCUUCCUUCCUGCCGAAUGAUUCCAGACGCUUCGUGUCCCAAGUGACUGGAAAUCUAUAUAUUGCUCGCACAGAGGCACUGGAUGAGGGAGGAUAUUCUUGUCUGACCACUAGUCAAUUCUCUUUUACCACCAAGAGUGUCUACAGUAGCUUUACUAAGCUUAGCCUAGCAGCUGCUGAACCACGAUUGUAUGCCCCUAGCAUUAAGGUGAGGUUCCCAGCAGAGACUUAUACUUUGUCUGGACAAGCUGUGACACUGGAGUGCUUCGCAUAUGGAAACCCAGUGCCUCAAAUUCGGUGGCGGAAGGUCGAUGGGGCACUUCCUCCUCGGUGGACGGUUUCAGAUCCUGUCCUUCAUAUCUCAAGUGUCAGCUUUGAUGAUGAUGGCACCUAUGAAUGUGAGGCAGAGAACUCACGAGGACGAGAUACCCAUCAAGGACGUAUUAUAGUUCAAGCUCAGCCUGAAUGGCUACAGAUUAUUAGCGAUACUGAAGCUAAGAUUGACUCUGAUCUUUGGUGGACUUGUGCAGCCUCAGGAAAACCACGUCCCACCAUCCGCUGGCUGCGUGAUGGUAAACCUCUAAACUCACAGGGUCGCAUAGAUGUGUCCAGUGGGCAACUAAAGAUAGGCAAUUUAGCCUUGCAGGAUUCUGGAAUGUAUCAGUGUGUGGCAGGGAACAAACACGGUACCAUUUACACCAGUGCAGAGCUCACUGUGCAAGCGAUGGCUCCAGAUUUUCGUCUUUCUCCAGUUAAGCGCCUGAUACCAGCAGCUCGUGGUGGUGAGGUCAUGAUACAGUGUAACCCCAGGGCAGCUCCCACCCCUGUCAUCCUGUGGAGCAAAGGAACUGAACUUCUAGUCAACAGCAGCAGAGUGACUGUAACUCCAAAUGGAACACUGAUCCUGAAGAACAUCUCUCGCUCAGAUGAAGGGAAAUAUACCUGCUUUGCUGAGAACAUAAUGGGAAAAUCAAACAGCACUGGGAUCCUGAGUGUACGAGAGGCCACAAAGAUCACGCUGGCCCCCUCUAGCUCAGACAUUAAUCAGGGAGACAAUGUGGCACUACAGUGUCAUGCAUCGCACGACCCCUCCAUGGAUCUGACAUUCACGUGGGAUGUGGAUGGAAACCCCAUUGACUUUGAGAAAGAUGAGCAUUACCAACGAUCUACUGCAGAUGAAGCAGUGGGAGAUUUGCAUAUUCUUCGCGCUCAGCUGAGGCAUGCUGGGAAAUACACAUGUACAGCACAGACUGUUGUAGACCAAGCAUCAGCAUCAGCAUCACUUCUCAUCCGAGGUCCUCCUGGUCCCCCAGGGGGUGUGGUAGUGAGGGAUGUAGCAAAUACAAGUGUCCAUCUGAAUUGGAGUCGAGGAUUUGAUAAUCACAGCCCUAUAAGCCGCUAUGUGGUGCAGGUGAGGGAGCCACAGAUGGAGAUAUGGAGGACAGCGCGAACAGAUCCACCGACUGUUGAGGGUAAUGAAGAAUCAGCCCAAGUAGUUGGCCUUACUCCUUGGACAGAUUACCUCUUCCGUGUGGUGGCAAGCAAUAUCUUGGGCAUGGGAGAGCCAAGCACCCCCUCUGCCAUUGCUCGGACAAAAGAAUCUGCUCCCAAUGUGGCCCCGUCAGGCGUUACUGGAGGAGGAGGGGCACCAAAUGAGUUGACGAUUAACUGGACGCCCAUUGGAAGGCAGUACCAGAACGGAGAUGGUUUUGGGUACCUUAUUGCCUUUAGGAAGCAAGGUGAAGAGACCUGGCAAACAGUCAGCAUACUUGGGGUCCAGUCUCAGCAGUAUGUCUAUAGGGAUGACAAUGUUGCACCUUACACCCCAUUCGAGGUUAAGAUCAGGGGCUUCAACAACAAAGGACAAGGACCUUACAGUCGGAUAACCACUGUCUAUUCAGCAGAAGAAGAGCCUAACGUUUCUCCUGCUGACAUCAAAGCCUCAGCACUUUCAUCCUCGGACAUGGAGGUAACCUGGAGUCCUGUGCAGAAUCUUAGCGGAGUGCUAUUAGGUUAUGAGAUUAGAUAUUGGAGGGUUGGUGAUAAUGAGGCAGCAGCAGAUAGGGUGAGGACAAUUGGACUGGACACAACAGCUCGGGUAAAUGGUUUGAGGCCAGAUACUACAUACCAUGUGACAGUUCGAGCCUACAACCGUGCUGGUACCGGGCCUUCUGGUCCUAUUGCUAACAUUACUACUACUAAAGCACCUCCAAGCAGACCACCUGGCAAUAUUUCAUGGACUGUUUCCCGUACCAGUGUCAGCAUCAAGUGGGAUCCAGUUAUGGCGAUGCGCAAUGAAUCAUCUGUAAAUGGCUAUAAGAUUCUGUAUCGCUUGGACUCCCGUUCCACUCCCACACUUUAUGUGACCAGCAAGACACGUGUGGAACUACCACUGCCAGAGGGGGCUCGUCAUGUGACUAUACAACUCCGUUCCACCGGACAGGGAGGAGACGGGGAGCCCACAGAGGUUCACAUACCUACUGAUUCAGGCACCAGCAUGAUGGUGGAAAGCUCAGCUCCCAAAUCCAUGGCCCAGGCUCUUGUGGCUAACACAGCAGUUUUACUGGCAUUGAUACAAAUCCUUGAAAUCUGAGGGACGUCAAUUACAUAAUCAAGGAGUGGAAGAUGAAGAAGCAGGGGAGAGCCUCCCAGCCCCUGAAACGCAAACACCAACAUCCGUUACAUCAAGAGACAAUUUGCAUUUUAUAGGCGAUAGAAAUUGCAAGUUAGCUCUUUCACUGCAGAAGCAUUUUAAGGACUAUUUUAGCAGUGUAAGGGUUAAAACACCAGAAGCUUUUUUUCUUAAUAUUGAAGUGGGGUUUACGUUAAUAUUGGGGGGAAUUCAGCACUUUUCUGAUGACACAUGGGGGAAGAUUUGUUUUACUAAGCCAUGUGGACAUGCUUUAUAAAUAGCAAAUUUUUUUUCUACAAAA